CCAUUUCUUUUGUUAAAGGCAGGGAACGUUCUAGUCUGUGUCUGGGUGAGACAGAGAUGGAAAAGGAAGGAAAGAGACGGCUCAGGGUGGUGCUUGUAGCGGCGCCGUUCCAAGGCCACAUAACCCCAAUGCUUCAGUUGGGCAGCAUCCUCCACUCCAAUGGCUUCUCCAUCACAGUCGCUCACGCCCAGUACAAUUCCCCCGACCCUUCAAGCCACCCUGAAUUCAGCUUUCUUCCCUUGCCGGAUACCUCAACGCCCGUCUUCUUAACUGGCGAGAUAAUAGCUUCUGCUGUGCAGCUCAAUGCCAAUUGCAAAGCUCGUUUCCGAGAAUGCUUGGCUGAAGCGAUGAGGCAACAGGGCUCGGACGAUGAAAUCGCCUGCAUCAUCCACGAUGAGUUUAUGUACUUUUCCGAAGCAGCGGCAAAGGAUCUUAUGAUUCCAAGCAUCAUUUUACGCACCAAUAGUGCUGCCCAUUUUCUUGCCCGUACUGCCCUUAUCCAACUCAAGACAGAAGGCCACAUUCCCUUCCCAGAGUCUCGGUCGCAAGAUCUAGUUCCGGAGCUUUAUCCACUCAGGUUCAAGGAUCUACCUAAUUUGCAACUAGUGAGUAAAGUUUCAAACAUUAGAUCAUCUUCAGCCAUCAUUUAUAAUACAAUUGACUGCCUUGAAAACUCAUCAUUGGCAAAGAUUGAACAACAAUGGCAAGUUCCAACCUUCCCUAUAGGCCCAAUGCAUAGGAUUUCCUCGGCCUCCUCUAGCAGCUUAUUGGAAGAGGACAUUAGCUGCAUGGCAUGGCUUGAUAAACAGAGUUAUGACUCAGUCAUUUAUGUAAGUUUGGGAAGCCUAGCAUUCAUGGACGUCAAAGAGCUUGUUGAGAUGGGUUGGGGGCUAGCAAACAGCCAACAACCUUUCUUGUGGGUAGUUCGGCCAGGCUCGAUUCGUGGUGCUGAAUGGAUUGAGAUACUGCCAAAAAACUUAAAAGAAAACAUCAGCGGAAGAGGUUACAUUGUGAAAUGGGCACCUCAAAAGGAAGUUCUGGCGCAUAGUGCAGUGGGAGGGUUUUUGAGCCAUUGCGGAUGGAAUUCAACGCUAGAAAGUAUUUGCGAAGGAAUUCCAAUGAUAUGCAAACCAUGUUUCGGUGACCAAGGAGUGAAUACAAGAUAUGUAAGCCAUGUAUGGAAAGUAGGCCUAGAAUUGGAGGGUAGAAAUUUGGAGAGAGGUGAGAUAGAGAGAGCAGUAAGAAGACUUAUGGUGGGUGAAGAAGGGAAAGAACUGCGGAAGAGGAGCAAAAAUUUGAAAAAGAAAGUUGAACUUUGCACUAAAGAAGGUGGUUCUUCCAGCAAUUCCUUGAACAAGCUAAUAAAGAUUAUUAUGUCAUUUUGAUUUCACAGCUGCUGUGAUCAAAACUUUCUUAAUUUUUUCUUUGUUCUUAUUGAAGGGAUCAUAUUUCAAGGCCAUA